AUGGGUGGAACCUUUUUCAUUUUUCUUUUUACAAUUUCUAAUGUUUCAUUACUGUUAAUCUCAGUAACAGCGGUGAACCCAAAAAAAGGUUUUAGUAUGAGGAUGAUCCAUAUAGACUCCAAAGAAUCACCUUUAUAUCCAGGUGCUCAUUUAACAAGAGGCGAAAGGCUUCAAAGACUCUUCAAACAAUCUAAAGCUCAAGCACGUUACAUCAAGUCACAAAUAUUACUCCGUAACAAUGCAACACUUUCCAUGAAUCCUAAUAUUGCACGUUUGCCCGUAGUUUACGAACAAAGAUUGUUAUAUGUUGCAAAGGUUGGUUUAGGUACGUUUCCUGGUAGACGACAAUCAUUCAUGAAUUAUAAUUUGAUGAUUGAUUCAGGUAGUGAUCAAAUAUGGCUUCAAUGUGAAGGUGCCGCAAAGUCUUUUAAUCAAGAUAUGCCUCUUUAUCCUUGGAAAUCAUCAACUACAUAUCAUCCUAUUCCUUGUAAUACACAUCCUCUUUGCAAAGGAGACAAGUGCAAUGCUGAUGGACAAUGCACUUAUGUAACUGAAUAUAUGACUGGAUCAGUUACAUCUGGUAUUUUUGCUGAAGAAAAAUUCACUCUAGGCUCUGAUACUGGUGGCACUGAAAGUAUUCAAUUACACAUGGGUUGUGGUUUUUUCCAACAAAAUUUUGAAAAGUUUAUAGGUAAUAAUCAUUUAGUUGGAAAACCAGAUCUUAUUGCAGGAAUACUCGGCUUGGGAUCAGGAAAAUGGUCUUUUCUAAAUCAAUUAGGUGUUGCGGGACAAGGUAAGUUUUCCUAUUGUUUCGAGACAUUUAAUCCAAAUAUUGAGGGAUCAAAUACAUAUUUAAGGUUUGGUGCAGAUGCGACAAUUGGAGGCGUACUUCAAAAAGUACAUACAACUCCCAUUGUUGUGCCCGAGUUUGAGACGUCGCUUUAUUAUUUAAAUCUAGAAGAUAUUAGUGUGGGUAACAAAAGAGUAGGAUUUCCUAGAAAUGCUUUCAAGCAAAACAAUCGAAGAGUUGGCGGUGCUAUCAUAGAUUCUGGUGCACCAAUAUCCAUUAUGUAUAAAAAUCAUUUCGAUAGAGUUGCUGACUUGGUGAAGGAACAUUUUAACAGGAUCGGAAUAGAAUAUAUUGGUUCCCAAGAAUGUUUUAAUGUUUGUUUCCGCCUACGAGGACGAUUUGAUAUUACUAACUAUCCAUCCAUAACAUUUCAUUUUCAACAGGCCAAUUAUGUUGUUCCAGAUUAUAAAGCUAACUUUGUGAUGACAUCUAUGGAAAUUGUUUGUUUAGGAAUUUUCAGAGGACAAACUGAUACACCAGCUUUUACUUUGGGAGCAAUGCAACAAACUAAUAAAAGGAUUCUGUAUAAUAUUAUGGAUAGGUCACUCUCGUUCGCUACAGAGUAUUGCGAGUUGGAUUCAUAA